UGUCCGCAUCGGCGCUUCCUCUCACCUCACAGCCCCCCGUCAGCCACACACACACACACACACACACACACAUACACACACACAUACACACACACACACCGGGAGGAGCCGUCUACCCUUCCGUCACCCAUACCCGCCCCUGAGGACGGUGCGUCGUUGGCAGCGUCAAUAUUAUUUAUUAUUCCCGUUAGGUCUCGGUGUUUAGCGCGCGUUGCCGCCGCCGCCGCCGACGCUCGCGCUACACGUAGGGCUAGCGGUUAUAUAAAAAAAAGAGAGGAAGAAAAAAGAGAAAGGGCUCGUGCGCUCGUGUGUGUAUUUCAGUGUGAGUGUGUGUGUGCGUAUGUUUUGGGUUUUUUUUUUUUUUUUUUUUACCAAAGGGGGGCUGGUGGUGGGUGGUCUCGUGCAUGAACCGUAUGUAUGUACGUGUGUGAGAGUGAGUGAGCGUGUGUAGUAGUAGUGCAGCCUAUAUGUGUGUGUGUGCACGCGCGUCUUUUAGGGGGGCUUUUUCUCUCUCGCGCGCGCGUGCUGCUGCCAGGGCGAUGCUCCGCCGCGCUGAGGGCUCGUGAAGGCGCCGCGAGAGUCCGGUAGAAACACUGUUGUGGAUGGUUGUAUACGUUAUUGUGUGUCUUUUGAGUGCAUUUGUGUGUGUGUGUGAGAGCACGCGUGUGUUUAUGUGUCCGUGCACGUUUCCGUUCCCAUGGCGAACAUGAGCAGCAGCGUGUGCAUGGAGACCCCACACGCCCACGGCCACGCCCAUGGCCAUGCCCACAACUACACACCUACGCCCGGACGGGACUUCCCCCUGCAGAUGGAGUCUUGUAUGAACCCUGUUCUGGACUACAGCGCCCAGAUGGAGCGCUACCGUUCAUUCGCCAACUUUUACGCAAAAAGUAGCGCCGCAGCAGCUGCAGCUGGGCCUUUUCCUCAGACGGCAAAGAUCGCUCGCAUCGCUGCACCUAUCUUCCCAUCCGCCCGCAUCUCUGCCAUGCCCCCCUGGCCCUGUGACAAUGCCAUGCUCUGGGGCCGCAAGCCGGCCGCCGCUGUCAAUGUGAAUGGUGCCCAUGCACACCGAGCCACCAUGCCUCGGGCUGAGCCGGUCAACGUCCACAUGCCUGCCAAGCACUUGGGCCAGGACUCUGCCCUCCCCAUGCCCACCGCAGACAACUUCCUUUCCCCGCUGACAGCCGAGCAGUGCCGUGGAUUGCCAGUGGGCGGGGCUGAGUGCAUGAAUCGCCUCAAGGUACCGCCAGGGGGUGCUGGAGAGGCCGAAAGGGGCGGAGCCACGUUUGGUGGAAUGCCUCCACCGCUGGGGGGCCUAUCUCUGCCGCCAGGGGUUAUUGUCAUGACGACGCUGCACUCGGGCGCAGGGUCAUCGUCAGGGGUAACAAUGUCGGACAGUGCAUUUCAGAUUGCGAACGCGGCAGCGGACUGCCAGCACAGCGGAUCGUCCUGCUCCGGCUCGCCCGCUGCGCUCAGCGCCAAUGCUAGUGCCAGCGGCAGCUGCAGCGGUGCCAGCAACAGCAGCGGUGGUGGUGGUGGAGGGGGUGGCAACGGAGGAGCAGCCAAGCGGAAGCGGAAACGGUGCGGCGUGUGUGCCCCCUGCAGACGGCUCAUUAACUGCGGCGUGUGCAGCUCGUGCCGGAACCGGAAGACGGGUCAUCAGAUCUGUAAGUUCAGGAAAUGUGAGGAGCUAAAGAAGAAGCCAGGGAGCGCAGUGGAGAGAGCCUCCUCUGUAGGAGCAGCAGACACCUUCCGCUGGUUCUUCUGAGAGAGAAAAAAAAGGAAAAACACCAACCCCAGACUCCGAACUACACGGAGAACCGGACCGUAAAUUAUGACUCACACACCGGACCACCAAGAGGGACCACCAACCAGAACCGCAGAACUCCACACUUAAUCAAAGUCAUUCCACUGGACUCCCUUAAACACUCCGCGAAUCAGGAAUACACUCUUUGGAGUGCAGGAUGCUUCAGCAUGGAUUGGACUGGAUCUCUCUCUCUCUCUCUCUCUGGAUGAUCGAUACUGGCUGAAUAUGGAGACACAUAUUCAUUUAGACCCCCCUCUGUAGAAAACUACGCCCCCCCCACACACACACACACACACAUAUUGCAAUUUAACUACACACACUCCAGCCACCACACACACACUCUUCAGUCUAACCACACACACUCCAGUCUAACCACACAUCCAGUUCACCAAAUACACUCCAAUCUAACCACACAUACACUUCAAUCCACCAAAACCACACAUACACACACACACCAGCCCAGCACAAACAAAUGUUAACCCUUCAAAGCAACAGAGAUCAGCAUUCCCAGUGUUCAGCAGUACCUGUACUGCCUCAGAGGAAGAGAGAAGCUGCAGGAAUGACAAAAAAAGGAGGAGAGGAGAGAUUGCGGCCACUGGCUGAAACAGCUGGAGACAGGAGAUACAGAUGUGGUCUGAAUGGGGAUGAAUAGAAAUCAGGUUCCUCUGGAUUUUCUGUUUGCUGUUAGACUUCACACAGAAAAAUCAGAUAAACACGGGAUAGGGGAAUAAACGUGAGGUCGAGCUGGGGUCCGAGAGCUGCCGAAGGUUGUCCCAGUCACAGUCUCGGCCCCAGUCCACACUCCUAACACUUUCACUGUUGCAUGGGUAGAAAAUGUGUUUUUGGUUUUAAUUAAAGACUUUAAAUAACUUUGUACAUUGCUGUUGUGAUGCCUUACUGUCUUGAUUAAUAAAAGACCGUUAGGACAAAA